UAACUCCAAUACAUUAUACAUUGAUUGAUUUAAAUUAUUGAUUCACUUCUCUCUCGUCUCUUCACAUUCCCUAUUCACAAAUGCUUGCCGAUUGUCAUGGCAAUUCUUAGCGCGCGCUCUCUUCUCUCCUCGUCUCCUUUCCCUCCUAAAUCCCGUCACUCUUCAUCUCCACUCUCUCCCUUAACUUACACGCUCUCCUUCAAACCUAAAACUGUAAGGCCUCAAUCCCUCAAUCAUAGCUUUCGUAACGACGCCGUUUCCUCCUCUUUCACUGGUAUCGAAGUCGGUGAGGACUUACCGCUUGAUUACGGCGAUUGGUUUCCCAAGCCCGAUCCAAACCAGCGGAGACGAGCCGGCAUUUUGCUCCACCCGACGUCGUUUCGUGGACCCUAUGGUAUAGGCGAUCUAGGCGAACAAGCUUUUCGUUUCAUUGACUGGCUACAUUUAGCUGGUUGCUCUGUUUGGCAGGUGCUUCCCCUUGUUCCUCCUGGUGAAGGAGGAUCACCAUAUGCAGGCCAGGAUGCAAAUUGCGGUAACACUCUCUUGAUUUCGCUUGAAGAGCUUGUUAAAGAUGGCUUGCUAACAAAGGAAGAGCUUCCUCAACCAAUUGAUUCUGACCGUGUGAACUAUUCUAUCAUUGCUAACUUGAAGGACUCUCUAAUAAGUAAGGCUGCAGAAAGGCUCCUCUUACGUGAUGGAGAAAUUAAAACUCAGCUUGAGGCUUUCCGUAGAGAUCCUAUCAUAUCAAGCUGGCUUGAAGAUUCAGCAUACUUUGCUGCCAUUGAUGACAGUUUAAAAGCAUUCAGUUGGUAUGACUGGCCGGAACCUCUGAAAAAUCGCCAUCUUUCAGCCUUAGAAAACAUAUACCAGGAGAAAAAGGAUUUUAUAGAUCUGUUUAUUGCUAAACAAUUCCUAUUCCAAAGGCAGUGGCAAAAAGUUCGCAACUAUGCACUGAUGAAGGGAGUCAGCAUAAUGGGAGACAUGCCCAUUUAUGUAGGUUAUCACAGUGCUGAUGUAUGGGCAAAUAAGAAACAUUUUUUGCUGAACAGGCAUGGUUUUCCUAGGCUAGUCAGCGGUGUUCCUCCUGAUGCCUUCAGUGAUACUGGUCAGCUAUGGGGGAGCCCUCUAUAUGAUUGGAAAGCCAUGGAGAAAGAUGGAUUUUCAUGGUGGAUACGCCGCAUUAGACGUGCACGAAAUCUAUAUGAUGAAUUCAGAAUAGACCACUUUAGGGGAUUUGCUGGCUUUUGGGCUGUCCCUUCUGAAGCAAAAGUUGCAAUGGUUGGACGAUGGAAGGCUGGCCCUCAAAAAUCCUUAUUUGAUGCUAUCUCAAGAACGGUUGGAAAGAUUGAUAUCAUAGCAGAAGAUCUGGGAGUUAUAACUGAGGAUGUAACUGAGCUUAGGAAAUCUAUUGGAGCACCUGGAAUGGCUGUUCUCCAGUUUGGUUUUGGCAGUGACUCUAGCAACCCUCAUUUGCCUCACAAUCACGAGCACAAUCAAGUUGUUUACACUGGAACUCAUGAUAAUGACACGAUCCAAGGUUGGUGGAACAAUAUAAUGGAAGAAGAGAAAUUCAAUGUAUUGAAGUAUCUUCAUAUCACUGAAGAAGAUGAGAUCUCAUGGGCACUGAUCCAAGCUGCGCUUUCUUCAGUAGCUCAAACGGCAGUCAUAACCAUGCAGGAUGUUCUUGGGCUAGGGAGUUCUGCCAGGAUGAACACUCCUGCAACAGAGAUUGGAAACUGGAGUUGGAGGAUACCUAAUUCCAUGGGUUUUGAUUGCUUGGAGACAGAAGCACUGAAAUUAAGAGAUAUGCUUUCCAUGUACAGGGGAAUGUAGUUCUGUAAUCCUGAGUGUUUACACACGCUUGUAGGUUUGCCACUGUACCAUGAGUCUAAAAACAAUCUAUUUAGUUUUGAAUAAGUUUGUCUUUGAAUAAUUGAGGUUUUAGAGUUAAAUUAAUUAAAAGGUUCGUACCUUUCUUUUA